UUCUCUGCGAGAGGAUGGCGGCAGGCGGUAGCGAUCCGCGCUCUGGAGAUGUAGAGGAGGACGCAUCACAACUCAUCUUUCCCAAAGAGUUUGAAACAGCUGAGACGCUUCUGAAUUCGGAAGUUCAUAUGCUUCUUGAGCAUCGAAAGCAGCAGAAUGAGAGUGCAGAGGAUGAGCAGGAACUUUCCGAGGUCUUCAUGAAAACUUUAAAUUACACUGCCCGUUUCAGUCGUUUCAAAAACAGAGAGACCAUUGCCAGUGUCCGUAGCUUGCUGCUCCAGAAGAAGCUUCAUAAGUUUGAGUUGGCCUGUUUAGCCAACCUUUGUCCAGAGACUGCUGAGGAGUCCAAGGCUCUGAUCCCAAGCCUGGAGGGGCGGUUUGAAGACGAGGAGCUACAGCAGAUCCUUGAUGACAUCCAGACCAAGCGCAGCUUCCAAUAUUAGUCUCUAGACAGCACUGCUGCUGGGGAGCUACGUCACAUCCCAGCCCAGUGCCCCUCGCUCAGGGUCUAGGGCUGACUCGCACAGAAAUUCUGUGGCAGAAGACACUUGGCCUUCCUUUGGAUAGAACAACCCAGUGCUUUGUUUUGGUUUAGGUUGCUAUUUCAAGCUUGACUAUUGGCCAGUGAUGACCUGUACAGCCUUGGCGAGGCCUUGCAGUAGCUGCUCAUGGCUGUGUGAGCUUGCCUCUGGGAAGGACGAGGUGGGGCGACGUGCAUAUAAGCAACACUACUGACU